UUACUCUUUGUCAUCCUAGAAGGCUCUCGAGACUUGCAGAGAGAGCUGAAUCGCUCAUUCCAGCGCCAUAGCCAGUAUUAUUCUCGAGCUUUCCAGAGCACUGUACCUGUACCACGCGUUACCAAAAUUGUCUGUGACAUGCAAAUUGUUAGGACAGUCCCUUCGGCCUGCUGCGAUUUCAUGCAGACGUUCGAGUGGAUUGUGGAGUGAGAAGCUGGUCGUUGAAUGGGAGCUACGAGAGUGUCAUGAGUUUGUUUGCAGAGCCGAAGCCAGGGUUUGAGUUUCAGAGUCGCCGGUUGACCGCUGGAUAACACCAUGAGCGCGUGGGCGUUGCAUGCGAAGCGGAAGGAGCCGGAGGAGGCUGUUGUGGAGUUGUUGCGCAAUGUGAGCUUGUCGCCGCCGAAGCGAAUGCGAGUCGCGGAUUCGUGGAUUUCAACCAAUUCAUGGCCCAUGCCAAGUUUUCAACCCCAAUUAGAAGCACAACCAGCACCUCCACAAGUAGAUCCAUUGAAUUUUUUUCAAGCUCUUGAGUCACCGCUACCAUCACCGUCACCGCCACCUCCUGUAGCCACUGCCGUUCCUGCUAGCGCUACUGAUGAGAAAGCUAUCGUAUUGUAUAAGCCAGUCAACCCCCCACUUUUCCCAGGAGGUCCACCGACAGGAUCGCCAGAGCCACCGUUCAUAGUAGAUGCUACUGGAGCUCUGGCCGCUUGCAAGGGUACUGACAACAAUGGCUCUAGUGUCGAUACUGGGCAUGCUUCCUCUGCUUUUGCUAAUUCUUCUUCCACAUGGACUGACCUCUUUGAAGCCCUUGAUCUUCAUGGUAAGAAACCAUCGCUGCCCAUAAGGAGGCUCCAAAGGACUUCAUCAUGCUCAUCCUUACCUCGGGUUUCGUACUCUAUGAAUGACACCUCAAUGGAAGAGACCGAUACUCAACUCAGUAGUAGCCAACUAGCUCUUAUACCUUACUCUCCUCCCGCUUUCCUGGUUCCAGCUGCCAACUAUACUCAUCAAUCCUUACCAAAUUCCGAAGCAGUUUUAUCUGGAGCAGACCCCAGUGAAGAAAUGGCGGAUGAUGAUGCGAUGGAUGUGAUGGAAGAUACGUUACAUGGAGAUGGAGUUGCAACUGAAUCUGGGACCGAGUUUGGAAGUCCAAUUCCAACUUUUGGGAUGUCACUGUGGGAGCCCUGUGACGUGUUCCAACCUCCCUGCUCUCAAGUGAUGUGGUCGCAUUGAACCUUUUGAGGAACUUGCUUCUCCGCUAUUCGAGCUAUUUUGCAUCUCAUGGUUUCACGGUACUUCUAAAUCCGGACCAGCUGAAGGCCCAAGGGUCCUUCUGAGCUCGUAGACUCAUGAAGAUUCAUAAUGAAGAAUUUUCGUAUCCAUUAUGUUCAGAUAACCUCGUCUUUUAAGCUACGGUAGGCGGUAGAUGUACAAUGAUGAAGUGACUGCCGCUCAGCACUGUAUUAUGUAACAUUUUCAGUUUUACCUUUUCGGUCGUCCAAAAAAACUAUCUGUGCUCAUGCCAAUUACUUGUUAGAGCUCUCGUCUGAUUUCGUGCUACAUCACCUUCUAGUGAUGGACGCCCUUUUUGUAUCCUUGCAUCAGCUUGAGGUUCUCGGGGAUUACGGAUGUUGAUGUGCGCUUUCAAGUGAGUUCGCCCGAGUAAGUUUAGGGGCUCUGCACUGUAGAACAGGGUUAUGUUUUCUGAGCAACCUGAUUCACUGACAAAAAUCAUCAGGUGCAACGCUAGUAGGCAAUCUUGAGCGUUGGAUAAUUAGUCCUUACAAGGCUGCAGUUAAUAUUAUUCAAGUAGAUCUGGAGCUGCUCUACGUAUUUUGUGCGGUUUAAACUAUUUUUCGGGUCCUUUGGUUUUCA